AUGAAGUCCCAAAGCCUCGCGCUCCUUGGGCUUUUUAUGUCUUCUGUAUUUGCAGUCCCUGGGGUCAAAAGACAUGAUGGGGGCAGUGAUCAGCCGAUUAGCGGUACCAAAGGCGCUCCUAUCCUAGGCGGCACCAACAGAGCCCUCGAUCUCCAGAAUCCUGACCAGUUCCGCACUGCCAGUACCGAUAAUGGAUUUGUUCCCAAUGUCAAAUGGAGCUUUUCUGAGUCCCAAACUAGACUGUUCCCGGGCGGUUGGUCCAGAGAGCAGGUCAUCCAGGACUUGCCCCAGAGUCAUGAUAUUGCUGGUGCCCAGCAGCAUCUGAAGAAGGGCGCUAUUCGAGAAUUGCACUGGCACCGAACGGCUGAAUGGGGAUUCGUCUACAACGGUUCCCUACUUCUCUCGGGCGUUGACGAGAACGGCGGCUUCACUACUGAAGUACUCGAGACCGGAGACAUAUGGUACUUCCCCAAGGGCGUUGCCCACAAUGUCCAAGGUUUGGACGAUGAGAACGAAUACCUCCUCGCCUUCGACGAUGGUGACUUUGAGAAGAUUGGAACUACUUUCAUGGUCGAUGACUGGAUUGCGCACACUCCCAGAGAUGUUCUCGCCAAGAACUUUGGUGUUGACCCCAAGGUGUUUGACUCUGUUCCCGCCAAGUUCCCCUACAUCCUUAAUGGCACUGUCAGCAAGGACCUAGACAAGGCACCCGAGGGUACACUGCGAGGUGACGACUCCUACGUCUUCCACACUUACAAGCACCCAUCAGAGCCUGUUCCCGGCCACGGCGGAACAUUCCGAAAGAUUGAUUCCACCAACUUCCCUAUCUCCAAGACUAUUGCUGCUGCUAUUGUGGAGCUUGAACCCAAGGGUCUUCGUGAGCUUCACUGGCACCCCAAUGCUGAGGAGUGGCUCUACUUCCACCAGGGUCAUGCUCGCGCGACUGUCUUCAUCGGCGACUCUAAGGCCCGUACCUUUGACUUCCACCCAGGUGACACUGCUGUCUUCCCCGACAACAGUGGUCACUAUAUUGAGAACACCUCUGAAACCGAGAAGCUUGUUUGGAUUGAACUCUACAAGAGCGAUCGCGUCGCCGAUAUCUCUCUUGCUCAGUGGCUUGCCUUGACUCCGGCUGAUACCGUUGCCAAUGUCCUGAAGGUUGAUAUCAGCGUCAUUGAGCAAAUCAAGAAGGAGAAACAAAUUCUUGUCCAGGGCAAGAGAUAA